GGUUGAGUUCCAGACAAUAGGACACACAUUUCAGUGUUAGUAUCACCUGCCUGCACCAUCUAGUGUCAUAGUUAUGAGCACUGUGACAACCAACCCGUGUGACAACCAACCUCGGUCUCACCUACUGUGCCAUACAUUUAAAAAUACUGUAUAUUGAUUGGUGGGAAUAAUGUCUAGUAUAGACUUCCUUGCAGGGCCGAAUUUGGUGUGCUGUGAUGAGCUUUCAAAAUGCAAAAACGGGACACCUACCAUUUUUAUGAGGGGGGUAUUGUAUAUUUUUACAUAUUUUAUACUGUAUAUUUAAUAACAAUAUUUCAAAAUUAAAUAUCCACUUAUCAACUUUGAAUUCUUCUUAACAACGUUUUCACCUCAGUAUCCAAUUCUAAAAUAUUUUCUCCAUAAUGUCUAAGAAACUCUUGUUGAGUCAUUUGCACUUUUCCAAAUCCACGUGUAUGACCGUUACAAGUAAGGGUGCCUCGUUAAAUUCAUCAGUGCUCUGCAUGGCUGAGUCGGAAGUGACAUCACUUGGUGCUCAUAGGUGCAAGGAAUUUAACAGUUUGGUGAACCAACAUAGCUGAUAAUAAUAAUAAUAGAAAGGUUGCUGCUGCGUCAUGCAAGGCUGUGGUUGACCUGUGCGAGCUGAAAGCUUAUUGGGAUGAAGGUUUAGUUAUCUUUAACCGACUAUAGGAGCUAGCUUGUUGUUACAUUAAAAUGUAGAAAGCAGCUAGCCUACAACUGUAAAUAUUUAUAAAUAUGAAUAUAUUGUAGCGAUCUCCGUUAAUGCAGGCAAGCGCAUCACACAGGGCGAGGUAAUCCACACAGGCGGAGGGCGGGCGCGAACCCGAGACCUCUCUCUCGCACUAAAGCCUAGCACCAAUACCACUGUAUAAAAGGAGCCGGCUAUAUCGGGCUUAUGACUUCAUGUGUGAUUACGUCACCUACCAGCGCUGCUGCUGCCUUCCCCCGUGCACGCUACAAUAUUAAUGGAUACACUUUCAAAAACAGUUCGCCCACUUUUUGCAACUUUGUAACAUAUUUGUUUGAAAUAUAAAAGGACAAAUAACAUACAUGAUAAAAAAAAUAGUCUGUUCUCUCUCUCAUAUCGAAUUCUUGUACGUCACUAGCUUAGUUGGCUAUUCUGGAUAAGUUGGCAAAUGUGAUAUUGUUUAUUAGCGCUAUUAUAUAUUUAUUUAAAAUACACAACUCCAUACCCAUUUUCAAAAGAUUUGGCAUCUCUGAAUCUACAGUUACAUUGAUAAUAGUAUCUCUGUACAAGACAAACUUCCACAGUGGGAGCGGCCAUUUUGGUUUUGCUGCAGUUCACCAACUCUCAACCCCGGUGAAUCCGCUGCUUCAGCGGUGACGCACCGGUGAAUUUAACAACGGUUUGGUGAAUCCUCUUUAUAUCGGUGCAUGCAGCGGUGAAUUUAGCAACGCACCCUAACCCAUUCCUCUCUUAAGCUGCACAGGUGCUUACUUUUUGUCUUUGGUGCAGUAGGCCUUUAGGGUACACUCCUUCUUUUACCAACCUAAAACGGGUUGUACAUAAUACCGAUCCACAAAACUACAGACCAAUAAACCUGACUUCUAUUAUAUGUAAACUUAUGGAAACUAUAAUAAGAUCCAAAAUGGAAAAUUACCUGUAUGGUAGCAGUAUCCUGGGAGACAGUCAGCAUUGUUUUAGGAAAGGGAGAAACUAACCUGCUUGACUUUUUUGAGGAUGCAACAUUGACAAUGGAUAACUGCAAAGCAUGUGACAUGGUUUAUUUAGAUUUCCAGAAAGCUUUUAACAAAGUCCCACAUAAAAGAUUAAUUCUCAAACUGAACGCAGAGGGAUUCAGGGAAAUGCAUGCACAUGGAUUAGGGAGUGGUUAACAUGUAGAAAACAGAAAGUACUGAUUAGAGGAGAAACCUCAAAAUGGAGCGAGGUAACCAGUGGUGUACCACAGGGAUCAGUAUUAGGUCCUCUGCUAUUCCUAAUCUACAUUAAUGGCAAAUUACAUUUAAUAGAGAAAAGUGUAAGGUACUGCACGCAGGCAAUAAAAAUGUGCUUUAUAAAUACCAUAUGGGAAAUACUGAAAUUGAAGACGGAAUCUAUGAAAAAGACCUAGGAGUUUAUGUUGACUCAGAAAUGUCCUCAUCUAGACAAUGUGGGGAAGCUGUAAAAAAGGCCAACAAGAUGCUCGGAUAUAUAGUGAAAAGUGUUGAAUUUAAAUCAAGGGAAGUAAUGUUAAAACUUUACAGUGCAUUAGUAAGACCUCAUCUAGAAUAUUGUGUUCAGUUCUGGUCACCUCGCUACAAAAAGGAUAUUGCUGCUCUAGAAAGAGUGCAAAGAAGAGCAAACAGAAUUAUUCCAGGUUUAAAAGGCAUUUCAUAUGCAGACAGGCUUAAAGAAUUGAAUCUAUUCAGUCUUGAACAAAGACGACUAUGUGGUGAUCUUAUUCAAGCAUUCCAAAUUCUAAAAGAUAUUGACAGUGUCGAUCCAAGGGACUUUUUCGACCUGAAAUAAGAAACAAUUACCAGGGGUCGCAAAUGGAGAUUAGAUAAAGGGGCAUUCAGAACAGAAAAUAGCAGGCACUUUUUUACACAGAGAAUUGUGAGGGUAUGGAACCAACUCACCAGUAAUGUUGUUGAAGCUGACACCCUGAGAUCCUUCAAGAAGCUGCUUGAUGAGACUCUGGGAUCAAUAAGCUACUAACAACCAAACAAGCAAGAUGGUCUGAAUGGCCUCCUCUCGUUUGUAAACUUUCUUAUGUUCUUAAACGUUUAGUCAGCCAUUUCGCAUAAACAAAGAAAACACUGAAAUAAAAUAUAUGAAUUUUAGUUUGUCUGCUGUCGCCAAAGCAGUGUCAGGCUGUUGGGGAACAUGUGAUGUGAGUGUAAAAAGUCACAUGAUAGUGGGAUUAUAUAGUUUUAUGUCUUGGAUUGGCUAUCCAAUGUGUCAGUCAUUCUGAGUCCAUGAAAGGCAUUGCAAAAUGAUGCGGCAGGGGCGGGUCUUUGCUCCAAACAGAUAUGCUAGAUGCUUAACAGUGGCACUAAACUGUUAAGAUUGCACUGUGUCAAGGAAUCCAGGAAAAUUCUGUCCCAGAGGCAUUUAGUCCAGGACCAGGACUUGAUCUUUACAUUUAGGGACUGUCCUGUCCAAUUAGGAAGGGGUGUUCACCCUGUGCAAGCCGUGUCGUUAUACAGAGUGAUUAGAAAGUAUGUUUACCACAUCAACGCACAAUAUCACUGGUGUGGUAAACCUACUUUCUAAUCAACCUGUAUAUGGGCUCACAGAUAUACAUAUAUUGAAUUUUACAGGAGAAAUGGUUGAGUGAAAUGAACAAAACACCACUCUGGUUUAAACACUUAUUAAGGAAGAUUACCUUUAACAUUCGCCCAGUGUUGAAACUCUCCUGUACAAUGUCACAGGUAGAACAAAAACACUUGUAUAAAAGACCCUCAUCUUUUUUAAUGUCUGUGUUGACUCCUGGUCUACAACAGAGCUUCAGUGUUGUGACUUUUUAUAGCAUCGUACUGCUGCACGUAGAAACACGGGUUUGCCUUUGUGGUGCUUAGGGUGAUACAGGAUCCAAGGGGUGGGGAAGCAGGUAACCUUUUGGCAAUGUAAACAAACAUGGCAUGUCAAUAAAGUACUCAUUCUGUAAAGUAGGUGCACAUAGUACAUAAUAAUAAUAAUACAAAAAACAAGGAUUGGUUUGUGUGUGUGUGUGACAUUGAACUGAACGGGAUAACACUACAGACAUUUACAUAGGUCUAGAGCUCCUCUCAAAACUGCAGGUGGCCAUUAUCAUUGUAUAAGAAAGAUACUGAAGACCAUGUCAUUGUUUAUCUUUCUGUCAAUUCAGGCAUGUUUUUCAAUGUGGUAUUGGAGGGUAUUGGAAUGGGAGUUGUUGUCUUGACACAGAGAGAAUGCAAAGCUCCACCUUUUGUUUAAAAUCAGGAACUCCAAAAAGCCUGACCACAGGCUGGGUCAAUGUGUGUAAAUGAAUGCAUGAGCAGCUGAACAGGAAAUAGCUCAAGGACUUUUAAGAAGCAAUGAGGAAGUUCAGUAUUUGGGCGUUUCUACCCAUUCUGUUCUCUCUAUUUACCACUGCAGGACUCUGGAUCGUGUAUUUCAUAGCUGUGGAAGAUGAUAAAAUAAUACCACUGAACUCAGAAUACAGAAAAGAAGGAUCUAAAGCUCCACCUUACAUAAGUAUUGCAGGUGAUGCUCCCCCUGCAAGCUGUGUAUUCAGUCAAGUCAUGAACAUGGCCGGAUUUGUAGCGUUUGCAAUUGCUGGUCUCAGAUAUAUUCAGCUGAAGCCUAGAAUGCACACACCAUGGCUAAACAUUGGCAGCCUGGUUGCUUUAUGCCUGGCAUGCUUUGGAAUGACCUUACUGGGAAAUUUUCAGCUUUCAAAUGACGAGGAGCUACACAAUGUAGGGACAUCGAUGACUUUUGGAUUUGGGACCCUUGCAUGCUGGCUUCAGUCUGUCGUGACUCUCAAAGUCAACCUAAAGAACGAAGGGAGGACAAUCGGAAUUCCACGAGUCCUGCUUUCAGCUGCUAUUACUCUCAGUGUGCUCCUGUAUUUCAUCCUGAUGGCUCAGCGUUUGCACAUGCACGCUGCCCAAGUCCAGUGGGCUCUCGUGAUGUUCUUCAUCAGUUUCCUGGGGUCCUUUGCGGUGGAAUUCCGACACUACAGGUUUGAAAUCGUGUGCACAGACGACCAAGACAACAUUCUGAGUCUAUCUGAGACCUUCUCUGAGAUCUCAGAGCACCAGUCUGACCAGCUGUAAUGACUGAGCAGCAGCAUCUUCUACCUUACAGUUAUCUUGUGUUUUUAUACUUGAUCAAGGAUUGGUGGCGUGCAAGGCUGUUUUAUUCAGGCAUGCAUGAAAAAAAAAAUACUGUAAAAGCCUGAGACUUUCUUUAUCCUUCUUGAAUCUACAAGAGCUGGAAAGGACGGAUGUACAUAUCAAUCCUUUGAAUCUGGCACUUCAGAAUGAGAAGCCGCAGGUUUAUCCCCAUCAAUAAUAAAUCAUUGUAUUCCUUGUUGCAAGGGAGGCUACUGACAGGCGCCAGCAGAUGAUGUUACGCAGUCCUAGUUUGUUGUCACGGAAACCUCUUUGCAGCACCCACACUGUUCGGUCAUAAGACUGAGAAUGUAAGCUAACAUCACUGAAAUCAAAUAAAAGGCUGAUAUUUGCAUGGCACGAGUAAAGCUAAAAGUAUCCCCGUCUUUUUUAGGGUCAGACAGUUUUCACUAUCAGCAUGAUUUUUUUUUAAAACAAGUUCUGUGUGUUUUAUAAAAUUGUAAAAUUGAGGUGUCCCAUGAGACUGAACCCAUAUUAUCAGUUACUAAAUGAGUGCAACAGUAUACUUCAGAAAAUACCCUUUCCCAGAAUCACUUAAUGCAAUGAAAGUACUACUGUAAUAGAGGCAACAUCCAUCAUUUAAAAGCUUAAACCCUCAGGAUACAUUUUAGACUUGUUGUCUAAACCUACUAUUCAGAAAUAACUACCUAAAGUGUCCUAAUUAAUGUAAUAAAAGGGAUGGAGAAAUGCUAGCACUCUGAAUCCUGUCCAGGCUAACCCUUGCCACCAUGAUGUACUGCACUGCUGAACUGUCAAACAUCUGUUCAUGCAUUAAGGUUCAUGGUUUUAAAACUUAGCAUUCUAUAUGGCAGUUGGUUUAUAAACGUCUUAAGCACUAAUUAAAAGGGAGCACCUUUACACAUGCUUACAAAAAAAAAAGAGAAAUCAACUACAGUCAUGAGGUGAAAGAGUUUUGGUAGAAGGACCCAAGUGAGUGAAAUGCUUGUUGAAAGACAUGCCAGUGACUUGUCUAAAAUAAUAUAGGCAACACACUGCACUUCCUAAAUGUGUUUAUUUAGGUUUCACUCUCUUGGAUAAUCCACGGUAAGUUAACAUGGUGGUUACAGCAUGUACUGUUAUUACACAUUAAUCAAAUCCUUUUAUCUAACCAUGUCGGAGCAAUUCAAAAUCUAAUUCUCAUUUACUGUGGAGACCUAGGGAAUAGGGAGGAGAAUACCCAUAGCAACGUGGGGUACUGACAAAGCCAAACCUUAAGUUCUGAGAUCUAAAGAUCGAACGGCUGCAAAACUUUUUUUUAAUUCAUCAUGGCAUUUUUUGGUUCGCAAAUUAAUGCCAAGGGCCACAACGCUCCUUAACAAUCCUAAUAAAAUCCUUAACUAAAUCACAUUGACAAAUGUUUCGACUAAUGCCUAACCAGGGUUUCUUAUGGGUUUACCUCAAUAUAAAAAGCUGAGAUUAAACUUUCCUUGUGGAAAUAUGUGUGAGAAUAUGUGUGACACUUUUUUAUCCAGACCAGAAAGUGUGGUACUAUACUUAUGACCAAUCCUAGGUCAUGAAGAUAAGCUUUUAUGCCAUGCACAGCUGUGUCCAAAAAGAGAACGGGGGGGGGGUAUGUUUUUUUUUUAUAUUGUGUAUGAUGUAAAAUCUUUUCUUACUGUAAACACUUCAUAUGUAUGACUAUUAAAGAACAAACACACACACACACAUCAGUUAAUAUUAAAUAUAUUGUAACAUACAUAUUCAUGCCAUGAUAAAAUAUACUCUCAUCAUGCAUGUUAUUUCUUGUGUAAAUUGCUGUUUGCAUUGUUAUGGAUGUGGAUGUAACUGAAUUAAAGUCAGUAUUAAAUCAAAUAAGCACCGUGCCUCAUCUUCGUGACCUUGCCGUACACUGCAUUAUAUACUGGAUCUCGUAGAGCUUUUUCAGUAUUCGCCAAUUGUAUUUUUUUAUAAUUUUCUCCGAAUUUAGAAUAGCCAAUUACUUUUAGGCUCAGCUCACCGCUACCACCCCUGCGCUGACUCGGGAGCGGCGAAGACAAACGCACGCUGUCCUCCGAAGCGUGU